GAUGGCGGCUUUUCUGGGUCUCGGAAAGACAAUGGUGUGAUAAUGGUAAAGCUGCUACAAAACAGGCGGUUGACGCCAUGAUUUAAGCAUUUAGGGAGAAAAUCUUUUUUAAAAUGUGUUUAAUUCAUUUGGAAUUUUAUUCUUAACGUAAGUUGAUGGCUAAAUUUGGGGUAGUUUUGACUUUCUUACACCUAGCACUUGCUGGAUUAGUCUACCCCAAACUUCGCAAAGCACCAUCAGUGUUGAUGUUUCUUUUCAAUGGACAUCGUUUAGAGUUGAGAGCAUGUGCUAAUGCCUAGUGCAUUUUUGUCACUUUCAUCUUCGAUGGCAUCGAGAAAAACAAAUGUAUACUACACAAAAGGUAGCAAUGAGAAAUAUUGGACAGCAAUAUUUGAUUAUGAAGCCAAAAGAGAGGAUGAGUUGACUCUUAGGAAAGGUUGUCAGGUGGAGGUCCUGUCCUAUGACUCCCACAUCUCCGGAGAUGAGGGAUGGUGGACAGGUCGGGUCGGCAACAGUGUUGGAAUAUUCCCCAGUAACUUUGUCACCAACAACCUCAAUUUUAGCUUUCCCGAGGAAAAAGUUAUCCCUGAUCGACCAUUUGAAAUUGACUUCAAUGAACUACAGCUGGAAGAAGUGAUUGGGAUCGGAGGGUUUGGUAAAGUUUAUAGAGGUUUAUGGAAAAGAGAGGAGGUUGCUGUCAAAGCAGCCAGACACGACCCUGAUGAACCCGUUAGUGCAACCAUUGAAAGUGUUAGACAGGAGGCCAAAGUUUUUUGGUUGUUAAAUCAUGUAAAUAUUGCUUCUUUGAAAGGAGUGUGCUUGAAAGAACCCAAUUUAUGUCUUGUGAUAGAAUAUGCUGCUGGUGGAUCUUUAAAUCGUGUUUUAUGUGGUCGGAGAAUUCCUCCGGAAAUUUUGGUGCAAUGGGCCAUUCAGAUAGCAAGGGGUAUGCACUAUCUCCACGAAGAAUCUCCAAUACCUUUGGUGCAUCGUGAUCUGAAGUCAAGUAAUAUCUUAUUAAAGGAGAAGAUUGAAAAUGAUAACCUGCAAAACAAAACCCUCAAGAUCACAGACUUUGGCUUGGCCCGAGAGGUUUCCAAGACAACCAGGAUGAGUGCGGCGGGGACCUACGCAUGGAUGGCCCCUGAGGUCAUAAAAACCUCCACCUACUCCAAAAACAGUGAUGUCUGGAGUUAUGGUGUUGUUCUGUGGGAACUGUUGACAGGAGAGACCCCCUAUAAGGGGAUAGAUGCUCUGGGGGUAGCCUAUGGAGUUGCUGUCAACAAGCUGACCCUUCCUAUUCCUUCCACAUGUCCAGGCCUUUUCGCACAACUCAUGUCAGAUUGCUGGCAUCAGGAGUCUCAUCAGAGACCCACUUUCGCAGAAAUCCUUCGCCGGUUGGAUGAAAUUUCCACCUCGCCAUUUAUGACCACCCCUCAAGAAAGCUUCCACACUAUGCAAGAGGACUGGAGGCAGGAAAUUGAGGAAAUGUUUAAUGAGCUGAGGAGUAAGGAAAAGGAAUUAAGGAGUAGGGAGGAAGAGCUCACAAAAGAAGCCCUGAAACAGAAGAAGGUGGAGGAAUUCCUGUAUAAGAGAGAACAGGAGUUAAAAGAAAGAGAGAUAGAACUGGUAGAGAGAGAACUAAAUAUCAUGAUUCUUCAGCAAAUCAUGGGCAACCCCAAGCCCAGGACCAGGAAGGGGAAGUUUAAAAAGAGCCGCCUUAAACUCCUCAAGUCUGGUGGCUCUUCAAUCAGCGAACCUUCCGAUUUUCGACACAACAUCACAGUGAAGCAUGAAGUUCCAGUUCCGGUUACAAAUCAUAAUCCGUCAAGUCCUGACAGCCCACCUCAGUCUCCAACAUACACUCCAUCCAGACUGAGGGCAAUAGCUUAUCCAGCAGAUGGAGUGAAGGGUCGAACAUGGGGACCAAGUUCUGUCAAAAAUGAACGGCACCAAAGAACAUCAGUCAUUUUUGCAGAUGGACGUUGGUCUAAAAGUGCUCCAAACUUAGAACGAUCUCUAAAGAAUUUAGGACAUUCCAAUUCAGGAGCACUUAACUCUCUUUAUGGUGAUGAAAAUGAGUGGCCAACAGAUUUGUCAGAAAUCAAGAAUAGGAACAUUCCAUACUGCAGUGCUGAUUUUUCGCGACUUGUGAAAAAAUCAGAAAGUAAAACAGAGACUGCUUUGUUCAAUAUAACAGCCAUGAUGGUUGGGAUUGUAACCGGUUGUGAUAUUAAAACUCUUGGUCCAUUUGCCUCAAAGGAGGAGGCAAAGAAUCGUAGAAAGCGAGAUUCAUAUGUCAUGAAAGGCAGGGACGCUUACAACGCAGCAGUGCGCGAUUCUUUUCUGGACAGCGAGGAUUAUCUUUCGAGUCAUUUUUCCUCUCCUUCAGGGUAUCCACACCAUACGUACCAUGGAUAUCAAGUCCGUCAUAGACCUGCUUUAAAUCUGGAUGUGCCAAUAAGAUUUACUGAGGAACAGAAUAUUCCAAAUUAUUCUCAGACCUCUUCGACUUUUCAAUCUACAAGUACAAUAGAUUCGGAUGUAACAGUUCAGCGGAGAUCACUUUACGAUAGCAAUGCUAGUACGCUAGUGUCCAGUUCUCCAAGUCACACCACACUGAAAAGACAGUCCUCUGACAGCAGUACCAGUAAUUAUGAUACCCCUCGUACCUCCCGAAACCUGCAAAGACACUCUGUCACGUUUGAAGAUGAGUACCCUAGCAACUACAAAUCAUACAACACUCAGAACAAACAGUCUCCCCCAAAUACCUCAAACUUCUAUCUGGAUUCUGAUUCCCAAAGUCAUCUCAUCCAGCCAGAGGUCAAUAACCCCUGGGGCAAUGGAGCCCCACCCAGACCUCCACCAUAUGUAAGUGAUGUACCACCCCCUGUUGUUCCCAGGGACUACCAUUCCCGGCAGCAGGAGGAUUCAGAACCACCUCCCCCCAUACCCCCAAGGAGGAAAUUUAUCAAUCUAAAUGGGGAUACCCAUGCAGAGAGACCAAAGACUCUAGACAUUGGGCCCCGUAAUAGGCCUCGCCUUCCACCCCCUCCCCCAAUCCCCACCCCACAACAAAAUGACUCUCAAGACUCCCCCUCUCACUGGUUAGAAAAAAGUGAAAGUUUGGACACGCCUUAUUAUUCUACCCGGUCCAGUUUAUCCCCAGGGCAUACACCCCCUCAUAUCACACAUCACACCACCUUACUAGACAUUGACGUGGAUGGACAAAGUACCGACAGCACAAGGCCUCUACUACGACAAAACGCUAAACAUAUCUUUGAAUUUGGUCAGGAAAUGUUGUAUUGAUUUUUGUUUUUAUCAGGACACAAAAAUUAUAAAGAUAAGAAUUUUUUGUUAUCAAAGAAAUUUUUUAAAAAAUGAACAAUUUCAACCAGGAUCUUUAAUGUGAAGGAUAAGUGUUUUCUGCUACAGUAUUUUUAUUAUCUUGUAGAUUUAUUGAGAGAAUAUGUAAGGUAAAUGUGCUUUAUUUAAAAUAAAGCAUAUAUAUAUAUAUAUAUGUAUUACAAAAAAAAUCCCUCAAAUGAGUGUAUGUUCAGAAUAUUUAGAAAUAUUUUGUCUCUAUUGUACAUUAAUAUUUUUUGUAAAUAUGAAAUAGUUUAUGAUAUUUUUACCUGUUUUAUUUAUCAAAUGUGUGUAUUCAUCUUCCAUUUUGUUGUGUUUUGUUUACUGAAAGUUUUAUACCCAUGAAGUUAUAUAUCCAGUAUGUGUAGAGGUGUAGAAUCUAUUGUGAAAUGUGAUACAUAUUUAAAAUCCAAAAUACAUGUAUAAACACUGUAUAGAAUAUUGUCUAAUGCAUAGAUAUUAUGUGUAGGUCAGAUUUUAUUUCAUAUCAAACUGAUGUUAUCAGUUCAAAAAAUAGAUUUGAAAUGCCAAUCAGUAUAGAGUAUUUGAAAACAAAAAAUUUUAUAAAGGAAAUGUAUAGGUAAUGAUCCAGACUAUUGUGCCAUGGGAAAUUUUAGAUUUUUUUUUUUUUAGAUUUUAUAUCAGAAGUUUGUAUUUAAACUUACAAAUCCCUUGGUUAUAGGUAGGACUUAUAAUUUUUUUUUUAUAAAUGAGUGGAAUAUUUUUAAGGUUGAAUAUUAGCAUGUCUGAACUGAAGACGAAAAGCCAUAUUUUUAAAUUGUGCCUGUGUUUAUGGAGAAAAAGACUCAUCUAUAUUUUGUAAAACCAUUAAGUUCAUUAUAUGCAAAUUUCAAAUACGCAGAUAUGCCAAAAAUAUGUUCUUGGACUACGUAAGCUUUUGGGUAGUGUUGAAAACGAUAUCACCUUUCUCAUCAGAAAAUUUGCAAAACUUUACCCUAACAAAAUGGAUAGAGUACAUACAUAGGAUUAUACGAUAUAAGAUUGAGAUGAAAUGUCAAAUAUAAUGAAUUUAUUAUCAAAUUUCUCAACAAUAAAGUGCUAUAUUUCUGAAAAGUUUUAUUUCAGAGAAUAAGUAGGAAGAUCCUUAAGUAACAUACAGGUUUUACUACUGGUGUUUUUCAAAUUUUCUGAACAAAUUGAAAAUCUAUUUUGGCUUCUUUUUGCAAUUGUGAUCAUUUGCCCCUUCUGUGAAUACAUGUAUAUCAAUUAAAUUCACUAUUUUUAAAUUUUGAUCAUUUUAAUUUGCAGUAAAGAUAGGAAGAAGGAAAAAUGAGACUAAACAGUAAAAAAACUGGUUAAUUUCUUUUUAAAAAUAUUUAGUAAUUAAUGUAAUACUGGUACAUGUAUAAUGAACGCAUAAAACUUGAAAGUAAAAGUACCCCUGCUAAACCCAUUUAUCAGCAGAUUUUAUUUUUAUUUCACCAGUUCCUUUCUUUCACACAAACAAUUUUGCCCCUUUUUAAAUAUACCCAGAUAUACCUGUCUUUAAGAGAUAGCAUGUCUUCUUUUCACCCCCCCCCCUCCCCCCCCGCUCCUGUUUAAAAUUAGCUGACUUGUGAGGGGAAAAUAAUAUGAGGGCAAACAUUUCCCCUUAUACAAAUAAUGCAAACAGAAUAAAAGAUAAUAAAACUGCAUGUGAUGGAAUUUCCCCCAUUUUCCUCUGUAUAUAAAAUGAUAUGAAGAUGCAUAUAUACUGUUGAUAGGUCUAAUAUUUCUUUGCUUUUCUCAUCAUAUGAUUAAAGGGCUUUUAUAGGAUGUUGAAGGCUAUACAAAAUUUUACCUACAUCGUACAUUUCACAAUAAAUUAUAUUAUAGUGAACUUGAUGCAAUGCUCAUAAAGAGAGAGAAAAAUAAUUAUGAGGGAUUUUUAAAUGUUUGUAAUAAGGUGGUAUUCAUUUUUCAGGCCAGUUAUGUGUAGCAGUUUGAAUAAUUUUGCACUCUGUGUAAAUUUAUGACAAAGAGCAUUUUAAAUUGAGACAUCCCCCUGGUAAUGUUAGGAUUAAUAGAUAUGUUGCAUUGUUGAUUGAUUUUUCUGUUUUACAAAUGUACUCUGUUUUAUGAUUCAUCAACUCUGUGCAACCUCUGUGAUGUAUCAUCUUUAAUCAGUUAGCAAUAUAUAUAUGUUAUUUUCUUUAUAGAAAAUGAUAUGCAUAGACUCCAUAUAAAUGUUCAAAUCUGUCUUUCUCUUUGUAAAUUAUAAUCAUUAUCUACCAAUAUGUUUGUGUCAGGACGGUUCCAUAUGAGAUAGUUUUGUUUGGUUUUUUUUUCUCCUCUUCUCAGAGUUUCUAAAUGUCUAAAAUUGUCUGAUAAAAUUGAGUACAGAUAAUUCAUACAAAGCUAGAUAAGUACAUUGUAGUAUAUUGAUUUUAUUUUUCCCUCUCUAUUUCAGCAGUAAGUGAAAAUAGCAAAUUAUUUUGAAUGGAUGUUGGCUAUUUUUUAUUUAAAAAGUUAACUAUUUAGAAAACUUAUGUGUGAAAUCAAAUUAUGUCAGCCGGUAUACUUCAAAUUUAUCUUGCUUUAGGAUUUUAAUGAAAAAAUGAACAUUAUCAGGGCUAGAUUCAAUGUGCAACACAAUGCACAGGGCAUUUAUUAACUACCUCGUUUAUAAAGUUCACUCUUUUUGUCAGACAUGUCAGAUCAGAAACUUUUAAAUGAUAGUGCUGAAUAAAACAUUGAUGAAGUUUGAAUUCCAAAUGGAACUUAUCCUGCAAUCAAAAGAUUGGUAGCUAUAUAACUGCAUCUUGUCAGACCAAAUCAAGGAAGAAUAUAUUAUAGUUUGUCUCAAAACAUGAACAACGUAUUGUAUAUUAUAUAAUACACUAUAUAUUUGAAAAGUAAAAAAAUGAUAUGCAAACACA